UGUUCUAGUUAGCUGUGAUAUCGGGGGAAAUUCUGGCAGGUACGGAGAUGGGUGAAUAAUUAUUGCUGUUUCAUGUGAUAUGAACUAUAGCAUUAUGACAGAUACUGUAUAACAUUUUUGUCCCGGUACUUUAUGGUUGGGUGAAGUGUUAUUUUCUUGAUACAAUACAAGUAGAGAGGUGGCGCAAUUCGAAAGGCCGAGUAUAAAGAGAGUUUUUACGACACUCUUGUCGAGCAUUGUGCGGUAUAUUGUGGUGGAUAGUAACCAUGCCGACCGUACCGGAGGGUGCUGACUUGGAAACACUGAAGGAAGAUUAAAGACUCGCCAUCGUGAGUCCGGCAGAUUCUGCAGUGAGCUCAUAUUCCCGUCCCGAAUCCUGUGCCCCACCAUCCAACCACAGAUGAGUAUAUUUUUCUUCAGAAAGUCUACCUGUGGUGGAUUGUGAACGAAUCGAUUCAAGAGAUGCCUUUUACGGUUGUUUUGAUUGAUGAAUGAUGGUAUGCAAGCUGCAGCGUUCCACCUUAAAAGACCAGGAAAGUUGAGAGGGCAGUCAGCUGACAAAUCUUGGCGGUCCACGGGAAAGUGAAAAUCCCCCUCCCAUUGCCAACUCCAUUCCUCCUCGAAAACACCACUUCCUCUUCUCUUCCCGCAUCCUCCUCUCAUCAUACUCUUCCCUUCAAAACAACCUCCCACUACUCACUCUGGACAUCUCUGUCUCCCCAAUUCGUGUGGGCGGUUAAUAGAUACAGGUUCUCGGUCAAUCAGAUUGUUUCCUCCCUCCGUCUCUCCCUCGACAUGCGCCGGGUCAAAAUUUUCUCUGGCUCGAGCCACCCCAGCUUAACGGAGGCCAUUUGCGAGCGUCUCGGGACAACGCCGGGGAAGUGUGAUCUCAAGAAGUUCUCCAAUGGCGAGACAAGCGUCGAUAUCGGUUGCUCAAUUCGAGACCAGGAUGUCUUUAUUGUCCAGAGCGGGAGUGCAAAGUGAGUUUUUCGUCAUUUUUUCCCGUCGUUAAUUAUCUGCCGGAAUACUGAUUGCCGGGAGGAACCUCCCGAAAACAGGGCCAAUGAUAGCAUUAUGGAGCUGUUGAUUCUUAUAUCUGCUUGCAAAGGCGGAUCGGCUAAUAAAAUAACUGGUUAUGGUUGCUCUCUUCAGCGCGGUCUAUCCAUCUUGCUGACUCUAUUUUUAGCUGUGAUGCCUUAUUUCCCAUAUUCUAAACAGUCUAAGAAGAAAUCCCACCGAGGAGCUAUUACUGCUAGGAGUUUGUCCCCCAUUCGUUAUCCCAUUUUUACCGGAUCUUGAAUGGUAAUCUUACGGAUAUCGAUCGACAGUGCUAGCGAAUCUUCUCACAGUUGCCGGGGUCGAUCACGUCAUCACUGUGGACCUUCAUGCUUCCCAAAUGCAGGGCUUUUUCACUAAGCCUGUGGAUAACCUAUAUGCGGAGCCGCUCCUUGCGAGGUGGAUUAGACACACCGUUCCUAAUUGGCGUGAUUCCGUUGUAGUAUCGAAGAACCCGGGCGGGACUAAGAGAGUUACUCAGUUGGCAGAUGUCUUGAAACUAAAUUUCGCCUUGAUCACAACGGAUCGAAGGCGUAAAGAUGGUUGGGCAAGCUCUCGUUUCCAGAGCCACAGACAUUCCCCGGUCGAGAGUGUCAACGGUGAGACUGAAGCGAAGGAGAAGCAACAAUUUACCACGGCAGAGGUUGAUGGGGCUGUUUCGAUCUCUAAUAUGCGGAUUCGUGAUGACCCUGAAGAGGCGGCUGUUGAUUUUGGCGCUACUCCACGCGCAGCUGCUCCUAUAUCUGGACUGGGUAUUAGCGCUGCGCCCACUUCACCGCCUCUCCGUCCCACGAGCUCCAGCCGAUCAAAUUCUCUACCCCCUCAUCCACAGGACGACUUUGAUGAUGAUUAUACUGAUGAUCAUGCUCAAUCUGUCACUUAUGGACGGCUCGUACAAGGCCACAUUGUCGAUGAUAAUUAUCCAUCUCCUUCCCCCUCAAUCGUUGCAUCUACUACCCAUGGUGAUACCGAUCACAUGAUGUCCUCAAUUCACUCCCUUGCUUCAUUGCACGGUGAAGCGGCCCUUGGUGGUUCCAUCGAUGCAAAUGACACGGACGAAGAGGAAGAUGCUGACCAGAUUCCGGGAAACGAGAAGAUGAUAACGCUUGUCGGCGAGGUCCGUAGAAAAACAGUUCUCAUUGUCGAUGAUAUGAUUGAUCGCGCUGGAUCGUGGAUCUCUGCGGCAGAACAUGUUAAACUGAGGGGCGGUGCCAAGAAGGUUAUUUGCAUCGCAACGCAUGGUGUAUUUGGUGGGAAUUGUCUUAGGGAAAUGGAAGACUGCACUUGUAUCGAUCAAAUAGUCGUCACAAACAGUUUUCCCAUUCCGGACGACAAGAGGAAGGGGGUUAAAAAGCUUGUCACUAUUGAUUUGAGCCAGCUUCUUAGUGAGGCGAUUCGCAGAAAUCACCACGGUAAAUUUACCACCCAUUACUUGGUAGAGUGAGGAUAAUUAGCUGACAUGUCGCUUUCAGGCGAGAGCAUCUCUGCCCUUUUUCAGCAUUAUUCGGAUUAAUUUUCAUUUUGCUCAAACAUUUUCUUCUUUUAUUGCUGUAAACAAAGAUGUGGGCUUUGGGUGGGAGUUUUCAUGGCGUGAUUUUUUUCGAUUUUUCACUAACGCUCUGAUUGUUGCCUCUGGCCAUCCGAACCACUUGAAGUGCAAGUGAUGGGAGGACUGUUUUUCACUCUUGGUUCUUAUUUUUCAGCGUGGUGUUUGAGGUAUCAUAAUGGGGUUUAUAUCUUUUUCUUUUCAUUCGAUUGGGCUGGGGUUGGUGCGCUUAUCAUGUUCGGAACCUGCCACGACAAGGUCCGUAGCUUCCACCGCCGACACCGUGUUCUCCUUCUAGGCCACAAUCUAGACUAUGAUAUACGCGGCUAUCAAUAGAAGCAAGGGAAGUUCUUUCCGGGCGGAUCUGCUAUGGGCGUCCCCCCUUUGUUUUUUCUACUUGAACUACGAACCCAGCGGUACAAACACCUGGGGAGCCUGCUGGGGUUGUGUCUUUUUGCGGUAGGAAUUCUUGACAGCGCUGGAGGAUCAAAAUGCAACCUCCGCUCCACUUGAUCGUGGGAUUGGGGUCUCAGGGAGUGAAGACAUGUUCUCUACCCUCUUGUGGAGUGCGUAUCUAAUAAGGCAUGAUUGAGUUGCUGCAUUAUUGUCCUGAGUUCUAGUGAUCUUUGUCGAUGGCGUGAUGCGCUGCUAGUUUGCAGCCAAUUGGAUGUAGAACGGGUCUUUGAUUAAUAACUGUUACUUAAUCUGGCCGAGGAUGGGAUUUUGCGUGAUCUCAGGUGGUUCCUCGGCGUAUUUAAAUUUAUCUCAUAAUGAUAUCUCAGGGUACGAUAGCAACCGAUGGAAAAACACAUUUGCUAGCACAGCGUCACUCCGAGCACGAGAAGCUCUGGGUGUUAGCAAAUCAAUGUCACUGAAUAAUACCCAACUCUAAUGUUAUAAGUUAACUUACUAAACCUUG